AUGGAUUAUGAGGAAUUUGACAGAGUUUGGCGAGGUAUUGCCAUCGGCUUGUACGAGUACGCAUCCCAGGGCGAUGAGUCGGUGUUCACAGGUGACCAUUCGGAUUCAGACGCUGCCUCGCGCAGUGCAGAGUCAAUCCCUGGAUUGGCGAGGCCUCAGAACACGGAGUACCCUCCAAUCCAAGGCAGCUCAUCAUCAUGCCCGUCUGCGGUGGGGGCUCUCGACGAUUCGUCCCUAAAUCUUUGUCACCGAUGCGCGGGCAUCAAUGCUGAGAGCCUCAGCAGCGAGCUCGGGUAUGAGCAUGGGCUUCUCUCAGAACUACCUGGUCAUGAUCAGCUUGAUCAACUCAAGCACUGGCCUAAUAGCGGCUCCAACAGAUUUUGCAAGUUAUGUGUGGUAUUCAUGGAGACUUUCCGUGAGCCCUUUGAUGAUGGGAUUCGUAUGUUUGUCCAAGACAGACACCGACUGGUUCUUGACCUCGAGGGGCUCGAGCAGGAACAGAUGCAAGAACAGGACCAUUUCAGUGCCUCUCAUGUGUUAUCUGACCAGGCCAAACCGAUGAGUAGCCUUGUCCUUCGAAUCGUGAACCCGGAUCUUGUUGAACAAUUGAAGAAGUACACAGGGCCCCGAGGCUCGUAUCCGGAAGGCACGUUCACGCAUACUCGGAAACUUGGCUGUUUUGUGGACGAGAAUGAUCCAAAUGUCCCGUUCGGUGUUACGCCAAUUCGACCAGUCGGGGAUUCUACAUCUUCGGCGGCUUCCUUCGAGGUGGCGGCUGCAUGGCUGUCACAGUGUCUGGCUGCAGAUUCGCCCGAGACAGCCAGCAUGUCUCUGCAACAGGUUGAGUCCUCGAGUUGGGACGAGGAAGGCCUUCCUUUGAGCCUUGAAAACGUCUCAGGAUGGCCCGAGGUCUCUCAUUCACUCGCCCCCGAACGGCCAAUACGCCUGCUCGAGAUCGGUUCCGGUCCCGAGGGCGGGAUAGUACGUCUGAUCGAGAAUGAUGAAGAUGAGCUACCAUACGCAACACUGAGCUACUGCUGGGGGAUAAAAACAUCAACUAGGCAAAGCCAGUGGCUUACGACGACGAAGAAGGACAGCAUCACAGUCUCAGAGAAACUAGGCAUUCGGAAUCUGUGGAUCGACGCUCUUUGCAUCAUUCAAGACUCGAAAGAUGACUGGACAGCAGAGGCCGCGAAAAUGAGCGGAAUCUCUCUUGGGUCUCUCGUAACGAUUGUCGCUGCGGCCAGCAGCUCAGCCGAACAUGGCUGCUUCAACCAACGCUCUGCAUCUACCAUGGAGGUCCUCCGCGCUAACGAAAAGCUUAUCUCUGUUCAAUCUUCGUUCAGCGAUGGACGCAAAAGCAACCUGCAUAUCAUAACGGACUGGUGGGGACGAGAGAAGCUCUCAUCUAGAGAGGGCCUGGAAAUCGAGGAUCUGAGCACGUACUUUCCCGAAGGCUUCUUUUCUGUUACCUCUCAAAUGCUGCUCUGGGAGUGCAGCCACUGCCGCCUCAGCGAGGACCGCUUCCCCCAGUUGCAAGGCGACAGGCUGUAUCCCUUGGAGCCGGUGGGCAGCGGAGUAUGCCGGGGCCCCGAGCCGGCCCUGACGACAGAGACAUGGUAUACCGGACUUAUGGAGCAAUUUAGCGGGCGCCAGCUGACGUCCGAAGGUGACAAGAUGGUUACCAUCGGCGCCCUUGCGAAGGCUACAUCUUGGGGCAGGCACAUGCCGUACCUCGCAGGCCUGUGGGGCGACAGCAUCCGCUCUGGGAUGAUGUGGCGUCGCGACGGGCCCGGGUCCAAGUCCAAGACGAUGACCUGCCCUUCGUGGUCGUGGGCGUCGCAGUCAUGA